UUUCGAUUUGACUUGAAGUGUAUUCUGGGUAUUGAGUCGUGAUAAAUUAUGUGGUGGGUGGACAAAUCUGCCCCCUCAAGAACACCGUAGAAACAUGACCAUAGUAGAUGUUCUUGUGUUAUUUCAAAUGAAUAACAUUUAACGUUCGGGCAAGAUUUAUGACUCUACCAUCUGGUCAACAUCGAAGAAAAAGAAAAGGCAUUUCAACCGACUUCGGCUGCUGGACAACGUUGACUAGCUUAGCUUCACAUACAGGAAAUAAGUGGGGGUGGAUGUCGGCGUUCUCUGGGCCUCGCCGUAAUCAUUAGUAUUUUAACUGGAUAGCUACAACCUCUACCUAUGUAUACUUACAAAUGGUUCUGUCUGAAAAUGACAUACAUAAUUAAGUCUAUUCAUAAAAAACCGCUUGAUGGAAUAGAAAAGGACGUCGGACGGCGUAACGUUGGACACUCGGAAGAGUAACUAGCUAGAUUGCAGCUGGCAUCAAUAUUGUUGUUGGUGAGCAGUACAAUACAACAGUUAGCCAGCCAAUUGAGGAAGUGUUCUGUCCGUCGCUAACAAGCCAGUGUUAACUUUCAAUUGAAGAGGGGAAAGCCGAACAAGCCAAUGUUAACAAAUACGUUUAUCAACUAGCUACCUGAUUUCUACCCAUUUCGCUCAUUUAGCUAGCUAACAAAACAUAUUACAACAUAUUCAAAACUAGCUAGCGCCACAAACAAAGGCUUCUGCUCAGCACCUGCCACGGACUUAUCUCGUCGACGUUCCUGUCUUUUUAAUCAACUGUGUAUCCAGUGAAGGAAGCUGAACCAAUGGAUUUACAAACGGCUGUUUUCAAUGCAGCCAGAGAUGGCAAGCUACGGUUGCUUCAGAAACUUUUGGAGAACAAAAUUGGCCACGAGGUUAUCCAAUUAAUGGCAGAGAAAACCAACGGGGCGACCCCUUUGCUUAUGGCUGCCAGAUACGGACACCUGGAUUUGGUGGAGUAUCUAAUGGAGUGUUGCUCCGCACCCGUUGAGAUUGGGGGGUCAGUGAAUUUUGAUGGUGAGACUAUUGAGGGUGCCCCCCCUUUAUGGGCUGCCUCAGCAGCAGGACACCUGAAAGUCGUGCAGUCUUUACUUGGCCACGGUGCUUCUGUGAACAAUACAACCCUCACAAAUUCCACCCCCCUGAGAGCAGCCUGCUUCGAUGGACAUCUGGACAUUGUGAAAUACCUGGUGGAGCACAAGGCAGACCUGGAGGUGGCAAACAGACACGGUCAUACAUGCCUCAUGAUUUCGUGUUACAAAGGACACAAGGAAAUUGGCCAGUACCUCUUGGAGAAAGGUGCUGACGUUAACAGGAAAAGUGUUAAAGGUAACACGGCAUUACAUGACUGUGCUGAAUCCGGCAGCUUGGAGAUAAUGAAGAUGCUGCUAAAAUAUGGUGCCACAAUGGAGAGGGAUGGUUAUGGAAUGACCCCACUACUGUCCGCUAGUGUGACGGGCCACACAAACAUUGUUAACUAUUUGACUCAACACCAGCAAACACGCCAAUUGGAGAGAAUAAACGCCUUGGAACUACUUGGUGCCACUUUUGUGGAUAAAAAGCGUGAUCUUCUUGGGGCAUUAAAGUACUGGAAGAGGGCCAUGGACCUGAGAUACAGGGACGGCAACAAUGUUCUCCACAAAGCACACCCAAAGCAGUUGAUCAUGGCCUAUGACCAUGCCAGGGAGGUAAGUAAUGAGGAGGAGCUAGACAGCUUGAUCUCUGAACCAGAUGAGAUGAGGAUGCAGGCCUUGCUCAUUAGAGAGCGCAUCCUAGGCCCCUCCCACCCCGACACCUCUUACUACAUCCGCUACCGGGGUGCUGUAUAUGCUGACUCUGGGAACUUUGAGCGCUGUAUCAAUCUGUGGAAGUACGCCUUGGACAUGCAGCAGAGCAACCUGGACCCCCUCAGCCCCAUGACAGCCAGCAGCCUGCUGUCCUUCGCUGAGCUCUUCUCCUUCAUGCUCCAGGACCGUGCCAAAGGCCUGCUGGGCACCUCAGUCUCCUUCGAUGACCUCAUGGGCAUCCUCAGUAAGAGCGUGCUGGAGAUUGAGCGGGCGGUGAAACAGAACUUGCCUGACCAGGCUCAGCUCAGCAAGGCCCUCUCCAUCAUCCUGCAUCUCAUCUGCCUGCUGGAGAAGGUCCCCUGCACUGUGGAUCAGGACCACUUGAAGAAGGAGACCAUCUACAGGUUCCUGAAGCUGCAGCCCUGUGGGAAGAAUGGCUACAGCCCGCUCCACCUGGCCGUGGACAGGAACACCACCUGCGUGGGCCGCUAUCCUGUCUGUAAGUUCCCCUCUUUCUACGUCACCUCUAUCCUACUGGAGUGUGGGGCGGAUGUCAACUUCCGCGACGAGGACAACAACAGCCCCCUGCAUGUGGCCGCCUCCAACAACCACCCGGACAUCAUGAAUCUGCUGAUUGCCUGCGGCACGCACUUUGACAGCACCAACUCCCUGAAGCAGAUGGCGUGUGACCUGCUGGACGAGAAGGAGAUGGCCAAGAACCUGAUCCAACCCAUCAAUCACACCACCCUGCAGUGUCUAUCUGCGCGGGCCAUCGUCAAACACAGCCUUUCCUACAGAGGCAACAUCCCAGAGAAGCUGGAGGCCUUUGUGCUUCUCCACAGAUAAUGACUAUUAAAGACGUGAGAGUGGAGUGCGAUCCUGCUCUUUUGAUCAUAUUGAAGUCGAGGAUGAAUGUCACGUGAACAACUUCGCUUUCCCCCCCUACAAAGCCAGAGUUAAAGCUCUGUGGAAAAUCAAUGGGGAUUUUUGUAAUAUGGGCAUGCACAAUAUUUUGAACCGAGCUAGUGUUUUGCUUUCUAAUUUCUACAUAUUCCAUGCUAUUUAUUAAGAUAUCAUUGAGAGAUUUCUCUUUGUGUGUUUCUCUAUUUGCAAAGAUGCAGGAAUAUGUUGAGUCAUUUUUACAUCACCAUGGUUCCAAUUCGAACCUUUUUCUAUAACUAAUUGGUCUUUUGAUCAAUCAGAUCAGCUCUGAAAAAUAUCUGAUGCGAUUGAUAAAAAUACCAAUUAGUGGACAAAAAUGUCAGAAUUGGGCUGCCUGUGUAAAUGCAGCCAAUGUUGCCAAUAUAUCGACCCUCUACAUUUCAUUGUACGUUCUUUAUGCUCUCAUUCAAUGGUAAUGUUUUCAGGGUUUUGGGUCUGUGGCGUUGAGUAAUGGACUAAUUUCUCGAUCAAAACCAUAAAGAUGCUUCAUGAAGUGGUCAUGUUUGCAAAUACCAUAAGUGCUUUAUUCCUUCUAUGCACAGGCUAUGAUAUGCGACUGUUCUGUGCGGUGUCUUGCAUUUUGAUGUGGUAACUCCCCUGUUCCUUCAUCUUUCCCUAAUUUGUUACACUAAGCAGAGGGAUGUGAUGUGACAAUUGCUGAAUGCUGUUAGUGGUGGGGUUGGGUGAUUUCAUGUGCUAACUUUUUUAAAGGUUAUUAAGUGCUGAAGUUGAGUAGGAGUGUAUGCAACCCUCAUGCUUGAUAUCAUUGACCUUUGAACCUGAUUCUUCUAUGGUGAUCUGAGCACUAAAGCAACAUGGUUAGUUGGAAACUAAUAUGUCUGUGCAUGUAGUUAGAAUUCAAAGGAAACCCCUCGACAUCUGCGUUUUGAAUGGCAUAUCAUUAAAUUAUUGCAUAAACGCUUUAGAGCUCUGACGAACCCAAACAUAUAACCUUAUUCACCCAAUUGCAUUAUAAUUGGAAAGUAGGAAGGCCAUGUACAGUGUGUCUGUCUGAGCUUUGUGAAGUAACCUUGCACAUUAGCUUUAUUCAUCUGGUUUAAAAAAGGGCUUAACUUAAUAUGUUAAGGAAUAGAUUUAGCUAAAUACAGAACCAUACCAGGGAACUUGCUUUAAUUCUGCACUUUAUUACAGACUGUAAGAUUCCAAUGACAAAAUUCCAAUGAUCAAUUUCAUGUCUUAAGAACUAAUUUGACAAUAAACCCAUGUUGCAUUUGCCCUCUUUUUCCCAGUGUUUUCAUUCAGUCCCAAGUAGCUAUGCAGCAGGAUUACAUUUGUCUCUGUAGUGACUCUCCUGCACACACCUAUUUCCCACCCCUUUAAAAUGUGGCAGUGUUACUGGAUGUUCUUUUCUUGAUGAGUCAUGGGCCGAGGAAUGCCUGUAGCCAGUAGGGUGGAUCCUCUUGAUAGAUAACAGUAGGCCUGUCUAGUUGGCCAUGGUGCUUGAACAAAGACUUGUUGGUUAUGCUAUUGUUGUUUCUCUAUUGUACAAAAACAUGGUCAAGACCAACUUUUUUUUAGAUUCUUUGUCAUAUCUUUUCUCAACUCAUUAGCCUACCUCUUGGCUGGAAUGUUCACGUCAUUAAACUAAAAUGAGGGUACAGUAUGGUUGAGCAUGUUCAGACUUGCUUGUAGUCUGUCAAGCAUGAAUAACUUGUAUAGUUUUUUUCUUCUGAGAAUUAGCCUAGUUUUAUUGCCACUCAAUAGGUCACACAUUUUAGAGUGUAUUGUCAUUGCAAUAUUGUGGUGUUUUUCACCCCUAAAAGGACUUUGCACCCUCAUUGAACCCAACCCUAUCCUAAAUUUCCUUUACUGGGCUACACACAUUACUGUCAUUUAUAAUUUCUGUCCUUUUUGGCAAUUGACGCUCAGCCUACUUCUGUCAUGUCUUAAAAUAACCCAGAAUAAUGCCCCACUGAAAACGUGGCCUAAAUAAGGGCUCGUUCCAAUGUCUCCCUGCAGGUGUUUGUCAGUACAACGCCCAUAAACCCAGCUGAAAGAUGGCACUCCCUAAAUGCUUCUCAAAAGUUUCUAGAAAUCAUGUUAACCUGUUUUUAAGACAACUCCCAGCUCAGAGUAGUUUUUAGGGUAAUGUGAAGACACAGCCCAGACGAACUCUGAUCCUGGAGUAAAAUCAACUCAUGAAAGUUUCAGCUGGUAAUCGAAACAGUUUUGAGGUACCGCAAAGGAAAGAUGGUGAUGACGCUCCUUGACUUUGUUGCAAAUAAUGGGGAAACACCAAUGAGGCAUCGCCAGCUGUGCACGGUUCAGACAACCACGGUAAAGGUGAUUGUCAAAUGUUGCUAUUGUGAAUAGCUCAAUACUUUUCGCCUGACAGUCAGUUUGCCUUCUAAUAAAUAUUUGCUAAAAUGUU